UGUCUCGUUGAAAACGAUCUCGAGGAUUACAGAGCGGAGCCUGCGGUAGAAGGAUCCAGGGGAUCCAGAAGGAACGAGGACGGAACAGAACGCGCUGGAAAAUCCACGAAUUACCGCUCGACUGUCUGCUUGCAGCAAACGGGGUAAAUAGACUGCCCAAAUUUUACGUCCCGAGUGUGUGCCCGACGCUCCCGUCCAGUCGUAGAACGAAAUUGGAUCACCAUCGUCUAUGGGUCCGAGACUGCGAUAAAAAAGCUCCGCAACAACACGGCUGCCUUUUGACUCGGUGACACGUUGACGCAGUCUACGCAUUGCGAUUGAAAUUCAAAACGAUGAGGAUACCCUACACAAUCUCGAGGAACGUGUUUGAAACUUACAGUUGACCCCGCCGCAGAUGUUCACAGCAAACGAUUCAGCUACCGAACGAACAAGAGCGGACUCUCAGGCCGGAGGAUGUGAACUGGGACGCGAACAUUGUGCCUGAACUUAAGGUCCUUGCGAUGCACGUCCUCGUUGAGCAUUGGCAGGACAACCCUAUCCUUGACGAGUUGCCGACCCCCGUUGAUCGGGACCUGCUCUUAGAACUCCUGCCGACGAAUCUUCCCUUCGAGCUGACGAUCAAGUGGAUACCUGACGAGGUCUUCUGGAAACGUGCGGCCAGUGACAGAUGGGAGCACAACUAUCCGGACGAUCAUGGCGGCUCGUGGCGUCGUCUCUACGUCGAACGACAUUUCUCGGAGUAUCUGGAAAGCCUUCCGGCGACCUUUUUCAAGGGUCAGCAGGAGUCCUGCAACGAGUUUAUAGAGCUCUGCAAAGAACACGUAUUCAUGUUGAAAAUUCGUUCGCUCGUACCGAGCAGCUCGCCGGCGGAUAAAGCGGAUGAGUGCAUAUCGGAGGAGGAGGAUUCCCCGAAUCACAUACCUUUCAAUGAAAUUAUAACUCGCCUGCCCAAUCUCACAGAAAUGUCCAUCAACUUCGGACUGAUUUACAUGAACGACGGAUUCGAUUGGAGGGACUUUAAAUUUUCGGUCGAGGACUGCAAGAAUCUCGGGUCUGGUAUCAAGAACAGCGUGAGAUUGGCCAAAUUCAGUCUUACCAGGAGCAAUCUCGACUCCCAUCGUGUUGCGGCUCUGCUUCAUGGAAUGGCGGUCAAUAAUACGGUCGUAGAAAUGAAUCUCUCGCACUGCAAACUCGGCGAUCUUGGCGCCCAGGCCGUCGGUGAAUAUCUAACGAUAAAUAAACGGCUGAGGAUCAUUCACCUGGCGAACAACUACAUCGGGGCUCGUGGGGCUCAAGGCAUCGUCCACGGACUGCUUCAGGAGUCGUCCGCGCCUUUGAAGGAGCUUAAUCUGCGGCUCAAUCCGCUGACGGACGUUGGUGGCAAUCAUAUCUGUGCACUCAUACUGCGCCACCAGACUCUCGAGAGUUUGAACAUCAGCGGUUGCAGCCUGACCACCGAGGGCGGAAUAAACAUGGCCGAAUGCUUGGCUUCCGGCUACGUAAAAUCGCCGACACUCGAAUUGGACCUGUCGAACAACGAGCUUGGACCGAUCGCUGGAGAAGCUUUCGAAGUGGCGGUGACCUCCUGCAACCUCAUCGUCGGUCUCGACGUCAGGAUGUGCAAUUUUUCCAAGAAGUCUGAGUACACGAUCAGCGAGUCCGUCGCAAGAAACAAGAAAUUUCACAAACAGAACCGGCCACGUCAAAUGUCCAGCAGAAUAAGCUCCAGUAGUACGUAUCCACGUGGGGUCAGCCUCGCCGUUCCGCCGGCUUAUACGUCGAUGCAAAUUUCCCCCGCUGCCAAAAUUCCUGCUGGAUUCCAAGACAAUCUCCGAACGCGUUCUAGGAUGAUGACAGGGUCCAGGAGUGCUGUUGACGAUUCAAAUGCCCAGAGAUUGUCUCGUAACGAUUCGGCGAGCAGGUCGAAGGUCGGAAGUUCAUCGAUGACCUUGUCGGCAACCAAUGAAGAAACUUUGUCGACCGAACCAGUUUCCGCCAACGAAACCCCGGAACCUCGGUAUCAGCUACAGACGCAUAACCGCUUUUCACGCCGUGAAAGCGUUUUGAAUCUCCAAGAUCUCUGAGGGGAUUCUUCAGUUAAAAGAUAAUAAGCGGCUUGACGCC